CUGCUAUUUUUGCUUUACUACAAAGAACGAUGGAUACAGCCGGUGCUCGCAAAAAGUUAAGACGUGCAGACGACGAUUCUUCAGAUAUUGAAGAAGAGAAGAAUGCCAAUGAAAAAGAUUUGGAAGCUUUUCUUUUUGGUAACGCAGACGACGAGAUCUGGGAACAAGCCGGCCAUGAACUCAGCGAUCGUGAAUCUGACCAAGAAAAGAGCGAGACCGAAAAAGACGAUGAGGAACAGGCAUUCUUUUUUGAUUCAGGACCGGGUUUUGUAAUGGACAGCGAUCCCAUGCCUGUGGCCGAAGACGAGACCAUGAAAGAAUUGGAUCUGGAUAGUGCAAAACGAUUUGAAGGUGACGAUGAAGUUGAUUACGAAGACGAUGAAGACGAAGACGACGAAAGCGAACCAGAAGAAGAAAAGAAUUACGGAUACAGUCGCAAACCAGCCUGGGAAGACGAAGACGAUGCACGUUUGAUGGUAUCAUUAAUGGCGGCCGAUCGCUUGAGAAAGCUACGCAAAGACGAGAACGAGGAUGUUGUUAACGGUCUUGAAUACGAAAAAAGAUUACGUACACAACAUGCCAAAAUGCAUCCACGACCAGAGUGGGCCACAUUACCAUCUGACUUAAAACGGAAGCGUGGUGGCGAUGGCUCGGACGAUGAACAUUACGAAGAUGACGAAAAUCAGCUUGAUGAUGAAGAUCGAUUGGACCUUUUGAAAAGCACAUAUGGCGUUUUGCAAUUACGGCGCGAGAACCGAGUCUUACCUUCUAAUUUCCUUGACAUUAAGCGAUACAAGAACGCAAAUCAAAUGUCACCAUCUGAAGCCACGAUUUCCACCGUCGAGUUUCAUCCAAAUGCACAGGUCAUGAUGACUGCCAGUAUGGAUAAGACACUUCGCCUUUUCCAAGUUGACGGCAGAGUCAACCCCAAAAUCCAAUCCGUUCGUUUCCAGGACCUGCGUCUGACUUGUGCAGCAUUCCAUCCCAGCGGUGAUCAGAUCAUUUUAUCCGGCAAACGCGAAUUCUAUUACAUAUACGACGUACAAUCAGGCUCCAUUGACCGAUGUCCACGUAUUUGGGGUCGUCAAGAACGAUCCUUGGAGAAAUUCUCGAUCAGUCCAUGCGGUCGCUAUAUUGCUUUCAAAGGAGACGACGGCCACAUCAUUCUUGUCAGUGCACUUACAAAACAGUGGAUUGGUGAUCUUAAAAUGAAUCAAACUGUAAGAAGUCUUGAUUGGUCCUCAGACGGCAAAUACCUAUACAGCAUUGGCUCUGAUGCUGAAGUCUAUCAAUGGGAUGUUGGAGAGCGUGAAUGCGUAAAGCGAUGGCGUGAUGACGGUGGAGUAGACUGUACUGCUCUUGGCGUCAGCUGGAACGACAAAUACUAUGCUACAGGAUCGAGCUUGGGAGUUGUGAAUUUGUACGACCAACGGGUAUUGGAGCCUCAAAACACACAGCCGAAACCUUACAAGACACUUGGUAACCUGACGACAAGCAUCAGCCAAAUCAAAUUUAACCAUGACUCUCAGUUGAUGGCAUACAGCAGCAGCGACGUCAAGAACCAAUUAAGGGUUGUGCACACAGCAACUGGUUCUGUCUUUAGUAACUGGCCCACCGAAAGAACACCAUUGAACAAGGUGUCCGCGCUCAACUUUUCACCAAAUAGUGAUUACUUGGCCGUUGGUGACAUGCGUGGCCGAGUAUUGCUAUAUGGAUUAAACCAUUACGCACUUUAAGCAUUUCUCUACUUUUCUAUACAUUGCAUCUAUCACCUACUUAUCAUCCGCACACACAAAAUAUGUAAUCUAUCAAUCAACCAUACCAAGCUCACCCUUCAUUGUUUUACAACCGGCAAACACGCAAAAAUUAAAAAUAAAUUAAAUGUACAUUUCUUGAUAUAUUCUGAGAACAACACAAUGCUCUAGUAUGAUAGAUAGGCUUAUUCACCGUUUGCGAUUAGGAUAGGUCAAUAAUGUUCCUGCAAACACUCCAAUGGCAAU